CAUAGAUGUGUGGUUUUAUUGCUGGGCUUUCAAUUCUGUUCCAGACACUUUGCAAUUUUUAAAAGUGUGUGGAAUGCUCCCCCCAAAAGAAAAUCCUUACUCUUGCUCAAACUAUUCAUUAAUUGUCAAAAAAAUUGUAAUAAAUGGAGUAAAAUAAUUAGAAUAAUGUCACUGUAGUCAGUAGAUUUGUGUAAAUACUUACCAUGAGCUUAAUUCCUCCAAUUCCAAAGUCAUUGCUUCAGUAUAACCUAGGGACAUAGAUGAGGAAUAUCCCUUUGUGACUUUGUAUUGAAGAAUAGAUAAGCAUUUCCCCCAGUGACUUUUAAGAAUGAAUUUAUGUACUAUAUUGCGUGUUACGUAACCCAAGUAAUGUGGAGAUGUGGAGAAGAGGGUAGAGCAAAUCAUCUCUUGGCUACAUGACAGGAGCAGUUUUUUUGAAUGAAUACUUCUUGAGGUAGUCAGAAGAAUAAAAUUAAGGUAUUUUUAUAAAGAGACUGUUGAUAUUAUCAGUAGGAGGAGAUGUUUGAGGAUUAGUACAAAACUGCACAACUUUACAAAAUAGCUUUCAACAGUACUGAUGUUCUCUAAUACGUGUGCUAUGAAACAGCAUUACUUAGAAAUGGGGGAAACAGGGAUCAAUCAAAGCAGGUUAAAAAUUAUUUCACAUGUCAUAGCUAAUAAAGAGAAAUGAAUUUGUGAAAUCAGUAGAGGACAAACUCUCCGAUGGCAAGACCUGUGUCUUGUUCAUUGUUAUAUCGCCACUGACGAGGGCAGUACUUAGCACAAGAGUUCAACGUAGGUUUGUGGAUUGGUGAAAUGAAUGAACCAAUAUACAUGUAGGUUUGUAUAAAAAUCCAACGUGAUAUUUCUAAUUAUUUUGGGAAAAAAGAAAAGAUACCUUAGAGAAUGCUUUAUAGUUUAAGAUAUUAAAUAUAUUAACAUAAAAACAUAGCUCGUUCAGUUAGGCGCACUGUCAUGAUUAUCCUAGCUGGUAAAACUGAAGCAGCAGAGGCUGCAGUUUCCCAGUGCGGACUCUGGGCGCCGCUGUUGGCCAAAGUGGAGAGCUUGGAGCCAGUGAUCUCGCGCAGCCGCAGCGCACUUUCCCCAUCUCAGACUCCCUAGCGCCAGCCUUUACACCGCUUCCUCUUCUGGAAAAGGAGAAACCCUGACCACCACGCAGGAAAUAAAGCCUAUUCGGAGCUCCGGACAUCUGCAGCACUGAGCUUAUUUGUAAUCCUGCGUCUCCAGGUCUGGUGAGCCAGCUGAGGGGAGCAAGAGGGAUGGGGAGCGGCGCUGGGGAGAACGGCUGGGCUGAGAGGCGGCCAGUGCUCUUUCCCUUCCUGCUGUCUUUGUUCUGGCCCGCGCUGUCGGAGCAGAUCCGCUACAGGAUUCGCGAGGAAAUGCCCGGGGGCUCGGUGGUGGGGAACCUCGCCAAGGACCUGGGACUGAGCGUCCUGGAGUUACCAACUCGAAAACUGCGCGUCAGUUCCGAGAAGCCUUACUUCACUGUGAGCGCAGAGAGCGGGGAGUUACUUGUGAGCAGCAGGCUAGACCGGGAGCAGAUAUGUGGGAAGAACCCAGCCUGUGCUCUUGAAUUUGAGGCUGUUGCUGAAAACCCAUUGAACUUUUAUCACGUGAAUGUGGAGAUCGAGGAUAUUAAUGACCACAUGCCAAAAUUCACACAAAAUUCCUUUGACCUGCAAAUAAGUGAGUCUACACUGCCAGGCACCCGAUUUAUAUUAGAAGUAGCGGAAGAUGCAGAUAUUGGCUUAAACUCUCUGCGAAAUUAUAAACUCUCUCUUAGUCCUAGUUUCUCAUUGAUAAAUAAGGAGAAACAAGAUGGUAGUAAAUACCCGGAACUGACAUUGGAGAAACCCUUAGACAGGGAACAACAGGGUUAUCAUCGUUUAGUCCUCACUGCGUUGGACGGCGGAGACCCACCCCUAAGCGGCACAACUGAGCUGCGCAUCCAGGUCACUGAUGCCAAUGAUAACCCCCCAGUAUUCCACCAGGACGUGUACAGGGUCAGCCUUCGAGAAAACGUGCCCCCAGGCACUGCUGUGCUGCAGGUGUCAGCCACUGACCAGGAUGAGGGUGUUAACUCCCAAAUCACUUAUUCCUUCUACAGGACCGGGCAAGUCUUUCAUCUGAAUUCAAAGAGUGGGGAAAUUACAACUCUAAGGACACUGGAUUUUGAAGAAAUCAAGAAAUAUUCCAUAGUGGUGGAAGGGAGGGAUGGCGGAGGACUGGUUGCACAAUGUACGGUUGAAAUUAACAUUCAAGAUGAAAAUGACAACAGCCCAGAAGUUACAUUCCAUACUCUAGUCGAAAACAUUCUGGAAAACGCAGUGCCUGGAACGCUAAUUGCUUUGAUCAAAAUACAUGACCAAGAUUCUGGGGAGAAUGGGGAGGUUAAUUGUCGAUUAGAGGGUGAAGUCCCUUUUCAGAUAAUCUCUUCCUCCAAAAAUUCUUAUAAAUUGGUAACAGACGGGACCCUGGACCGAGAGCAGACUCCAGAGUACAAUGUCACCAUCACAGCCACUGACAGGGGCAAGCCGCCCCUCUCCGCCAGCAUAAGUGUCACCUUGCACAUCACUGACGUCAACGACAAUGCUCCGGUUUUCCACCAGGCCUCCUACGUGGUCCACGUGGCCGAGAACAACCCGCCCGGCGCCUCCAUCGCCCAAGUCAGCGCCUCAGAUCCCGACCUGGGACCCAACGGCCGCGUCUCCUACUCCAUCGUGGCCAGCGACCUGGAGCCGCGGGCGCUGUCGUCCUACGUGUCGGUGAGCGCGCAGAGCGGGGUGGUGUUCGCGCAGCGCGCCUUCGACCACGAGCAGCUGCGCGCCUUCGAGCUGACGCUGCAGGCCCGCGACCAGGGCUCGCCCGCGCUCAGCGCCAACGCGAGCCUGCGCGUGCUGGUGGGCGACCGCAACGACAACGCGCCAAGGGUGCUGUACCCGGCGCUGGGGCCCGACGGCUCGGCGCUCUUCGACACGGUGCCGCGCGCCGCGCAGCCCGGCUACCUGGUCACCAAGGUGGUGGCGGUGGACGCCGACUCGGGACACAACGCCUGGCUGUCCUACCACGUGCUGCAGGCCAGCGAGCCCGGACUCUUCAGCCUGGGGCUGCGCACGGGCGAGGUGCGCACGGCGCGUGCUUUGGGCGACAGGGACGCGGCCCGCCAGCGCCUGCUGGUCGCCGUGCGGGACGGGGGACAGCCGCCCCUCUCGGCCACCGCCACGCUGCUCCUGGUCUUCGCAGACAGCCUACAAGAGGCGCUGCCGGACCUCGGCGACCAUCCUGCACCCUCUGAGCCCCAGGCUGAGCUGCAGUUUUACCUGGUGGUGGCCUUGGCCUUGAUCUCCGUGCUCUUCCUGCUCGCAGUGAUUCUGGCCAUUGCCCUGCGCCUGCGACGCUCCUCCAGCCCCGCCGCCUGGGGCUGCUUUCAGCCUGGCUCUGUCAAGUCUGGACCUGGGGUUCCCCCCAACUACAGCGAAGGGACUUUACCUUAUUCCUACAAUUUGUGCGUUGCCCGUACUGGAAAGAAAGAGUUUAAUUUUCUAAAAUGUAAUGAACAAUUGAGUUCAGGACAGGACAUGCUUUGUGGUGAUUCGUCUGGGCCGUUAUUUCCGGUUUGUAAUUCCAGUGAGUUGACUUCCCAUCCCGAAACUCUAACAGCGGUGAGUUCCAUUUAAGUGUCUAUUCCUUUUCAUCAUCUACCUAAUUUUCACAUUUAUAUCAAAAUUAUUACAUUUCCAAGUCUACUAAGUUCUCUUAGAGACAUUAUAGUCCGACAGAAAGCUACAUUUCCAUUCUUUGAGAGGAGCGGUGAAUGGGAGUAGUUAUGUGACAUAAAAUAGAGUUAUCUUACCAAGUUCAGAUCUGGAAAUUAGUGAGAGUACUCUUUGCUUCUGAGCACAAGUAUUGUACCAAUUUCUUAUCUCUUUUUUCAAAGCUAAUGAAAUUUACCCAUUGAUUAUCUCGUUCUUUAUUAACAUUUUUAAAAUUUUGUGUGUAAGUAGACAUUAAAUUUAAAGCAGGCAAUCACUUAAUUCAUCCUUUAAAACAAAGAAACUACUACUAGGUAUCUUCCUGCACUGGUUUCCUGGUACAGUCUCCAUCCCUUCCUCAUGUUUAUUUAUCAUGUCUAGUUCUUUACAUCCACCUAUUUGUGAUUUUGUGAAUCCAUUAAAAUUAUAAGAAAAAUA